CAACAGAGAGUCCAAUGAAUAGAAUAUGUGUUUUCAUUGAAUAAUUCAAUUGAAUAUCCAAUGAAUGCAUUGAAUUGAAGGUCAAAACAAUACUUUCAAAAAGUAUUGACUAUUUGUAGUGAUUUUACCGCUGAUGACCACAACAUUAGACAAUAUUAGACACCAAUUAAGUUAUUGACACUAAUAACUAGUGAUUGACAUCUUUGACAUAUAUUUGACUAUAGUUUGUGUUUUGAUGACAUCAUCACUGAUGCCAUGGCUUUUCAAAUGAAGAACUUAUUCUCAAUUUUAUUCAAAACAAUUGUUGAUAUCCUUAUAUUGACGGUAGUGUUGGCCACAGUUAUAGCAAUACUUCCCAAUCACUUGUUUAUAAAUUUACCGAUUGAUCCAAUCGCUUACGACACUGACUUUAUUGCCGAUUCUUUGGACAAUUGGAACAAUCUGUUGGCUCAAAGAAGUCUGAGAUUACUUGAAGGACAUAUUGUUGGUCCCGAAGCUUUUGCCGAAACUGACCAACACUUAUAUACGGGUCUCGCCGACGGACGACUUGUUGAGAUACAUAAAUCUUCGCUAAAGAUAAGAGAUGUCACAACAUUUGGUAAAAGCAAAGAUUGUGUUGAGAACGAAUACCGAAAGAUGACUGAAUGCGGUCGACCUCUGGGUCUAAGAUUUUCAAACGACGGUUCUCUUUAUGUCAUCGAUGCUUUUGCCGGUUUGUUUCGGGUCAAUGUGACCACUGAUGUCAAAGAGUUAAUUGAUUUUAAAAAUGAUGAAAUAAUUGGUAUUUUUAAUGAUUUGGUAUUUGAUCGCAACCUAAAUGUGGUUUACAUAUCGGUGUCGUCAACUAAAUGGCAUUUGGAUAGAGUUCCUUAUAGUAUACUUGAUUACGAAGACACUGGUUAUGUGUUUGCUUACGAUUUCGACAAAAAGGUCUCUCAAGUAUUAAGAAAAGGAUUUAGAUUUAGUAAUGGCAUUGAAAUAUCAAAGGAUAACAAAUAUCUAUUAAUUGCUGAAACCGAUACCUUUACUAUUCAUAAGAUUCAGAUGAAAAACAUUCACAAUGCACUCAAAGACAACAAACAGAUUGUCGACAAUGAGAUGGAAGUGUUUGCCAAACAUUUACCCGCAGAACCCGAUAAUAUCCGAAUUGACAGAAAUGGUGACGUAUGGAUGGGUGCGUUUCUCGUCAGAACUGAUGGUAAAUCACUUAGAGAUCAUUUGUCUGACUGGCCUUUUGUACGCAAAACUGUUUGUCGAGUUAUGUAUUUAGCAUCACUUGUCGUCGAUUUUAUCAAUACUAACGUCACUCCAAAUCCAAUGUUGCAAAUGUUGGCGUUUGACUUAUACUCGGGUCAUAUCGCAUAUAAAUUUAUGCCCAAAAAUGGUGGUGUAAUCAAAUUAGAUGCAAACACCGGCAAAAUAAAACAAAUAUUAGGAUCCAAUCAAUUCAAUGGUAUAUCUGAAGUCCUAGUGGACAGUGAGGGUGAUCUAUAUUUUGGUUCAUUUAGGAAUCAAUUUAUUGGUAAAAUAGAGAGAGGAGACUAUUAACAACCAAUUGGUCUCAAACCACUAAAUUAAUUGUUUGUCCAUUACUUCUAAAUAUCUUUGACUAAUAUAUUACAUGA